GUUGCUGUCCUUCCCAGUCGGUUCCUCGCUUUCUCCCUCGUUGCACUUAGGGUUCUUGGUCUGAGAAUUCUCGCGCCGAAGGGUCAACCAGCCCAAUCAGCUCGUCACCAACUGUCCCCGCCUCCUUUGAUGGCGAAACCAGGUUACUGAGACAGUACAGCUACCUCUAGAAACCUAGGGCCGUGUACAUAGUGCCCGUCCACCUUUCUGAUGGCGUCUGCCUCCGCGCACAAACAUGAGAUGGAUAUUGCUGCCUACACCGACGGCCUGGAGGCCCGCGCAUCUAUCUGUAUCUUUGUACCUGACGCACCACUGCCGACCCAACUCCACCACUACGCACGCCUCGCGGCGGGACACGAGGUUGUGCUCGUGCACGAGCUGUUGGCGAACGCCCCGGCAGAUAGGGCGUGGCGCCGCCGGGGCUUGCUGGUCUUGUGCCGUGCUUGGCUCCGGAGGUCACGGCUGAGGCAAGAGGACGGCGGCGACACGCGCGGUGGAUUGUCUCGGAGGACUCGCAGUCGCGCGAAGCUGGCGAGAUCAGACGCGGUCGGCGCGGGAUGUCGGAGCGGCACCCCGGAAGGUGGCACCGGUGACGAGUGGAGAAGUGCCUCGAGGCGAGUGGUGGAGCUGGAGGAGGGCAUAUUCAGAUCAGUCGUGGGAUUCCUGUGA